UUACGACGUCAACAAUUUCAUUAUAGCUUCAUUGGCAUGUACGAGUGACAUUGCAAAAAUGGAGCGAGCUAAACUGUUGAUAAUUGUUUUCUUAGGAGUGCUGACAUUCCUGUUUGAAUGUCCAACCGGCAGUGUUGCUGCCAGAAUCUGCCCAUUGCGGGCUGAACCCGUUUAUCCUGCACAGGAAAACGGCAUUUUGCGGUGCGCGUGCAAGCGCCCGUUCUUUGGGACGAAUUGUCGCUACAAACAGCAAAAUGGAACCAUUGCGCUGAACGCGACAAGACUGACCAAGGAGUCGGUGUUGAUGAAAUGGAAAGAGAAUGCCGAGCCGAAUGAAGGGCGAAGAUACUUGAUAUCUGUUCGCAAAGUUGAGUUCAAACUCUCAACUGUCAAACUUCAUAAAUGGCAGAAGGCAUCCAUCAAGUACAUGGAACCUAACAACACCCUGUUCAAGUCUCAACAAGAGACAGAAUCAAGCGACGACCUCAGUGCGAAGGAAAUGUAUACUGACUAUACUGCUGUUCUUCGACUGCCAGGGACGUCUUCAUACGAGGUCAAGAUCACUACUCUCUCGGACGCUGGAACCGCUGGAAACCAUGUUGGGUCAACAUCUGCAAUCUUUGAUGCCUCGGACGCUUUUGUGAAUGGAACAAUGCUGGGCAUUUCAGAGAAAAUGGACCAAUUUAAGAACUAUCUUUUUGAAAGCUUUGAGGACGGCUGCGCUCUUAAAGGAAUGGUAAUCGGUGUUGUUGUUGGAACUCUUGCAACACUGAUUAUCAUAACCAUGGUAUAUGUCCUCAGCAGGUAUUAACAGCAAGCACUUUGAAGUAACAGCAAAGAAAACAAACCCCAACCAAUGGCAACGUGUAGUUUAACAAAAUAUUAUGAUUUAUGUUGCAGAUAUUGCUGUAAAUGCGUAAGAUAUUGCUGCAAGAAACGCGGUAACAAUUCUGGUGUAAAACUGAAUAGAAGUGGGCAGACAUCAAGCACUAAAACACCUGAACCUUAUGUCAUUAUUGAUAUAUACGGCUUUGACGUAAGUUUGGCAUUAUUUCCUGCAACAGGGGAAUAAGUCAACGGUUUAAAAGCU